AUGGCUGAAAGUGCAGACGUGCCCAAGGUGGACUUGCCGUCCGCUGCCGUUGACGCCGUCACUGUAUUCGGGCCUCCUGUCUCUCCGGCGACCUGCAUCACUCUACCACCCGUGACCAAGAAGAAAAGUUCCUAUCGCCCGGCUCAAUCCGGUUCGGCGAUGGCCGAGCAGAUACUGGAGGCGGUAGCCGCCACCAAAGAGCGGCAAACUCCCAAGCUGAGCGCUGUCAAGAAGGUCAUCUCGGCAGCCGGCUACAGCGCGGAGAAAACGGUUGCUCCGCCUGGACAGUCGGCGAAGUCGUACGCCAGCAAAGACUCGGCGCAAUGUGGCGCGGAGGGUAGCCUGGCAACCUCGUCACAACAAAAGGUUGAUGGGGCCUCCCGAGAGAAGUCACAGGCCAGGAAAAGGCCGGCCAAAAACACACGCAAAAAUGCCAAAGGGCGAAAAAAGGCUGAAAAGUUGACGCCGAUGCUGAGAAGACCACGAAAACGCCGUGCCGUGUCCAGGACUGUGAGGGGCAGGGCUCGAAGAAAGUAG